UGUGUCUGCCGUUGCGGAUGGGGAUGGGAACUGGGGACCCCAAAUUUUGGGGGGGGGAGGGACACAAACCCCGGGUCCCCAAAGGGGGCUUUGGGCGGCUCCUGGCGCCCCCUGGCGGCGGUACCAGGGGUGGAGAAUGCGCAUGCGCCGCAAAGGUUUGGAAACGGGGUCCUUCGGCUGCAUUCGGCCCUUUCCGGAUUCUUUCGGCUUUUUCCGUCCCUUUUCAUUCUCUUUCGGCUCUUUCCGCCUGCACUCGGCCCUUCCCGAUCUCGCUCGGCCCUUUCCGCUCUCAUUCGGCUCUUUUCGCCCUUCCUCGGCCCUUUCCGCCUCCCUUCGGCUCUCUCCGCUCCGCCCCUCAGCGCCGCCGGUGCCAUGGCCGGUGGUUGCGGGUCGCCGCCUGCUCCGUGCUGCCCGGGCCGGGCGGCGAUGCCCUCUCCAUGCUGCCAGGGCCGCCUGGCCGUGCCCAGCGUGCACCAGAGCCUAUCCGAGAUGGACUUCGAGAGGGGGAUCUGGGCGGCGGCGCGGGACGGGGACGAGGCGCGGGUGCUGCAGCUGCUGGAGCGGCGAGGGGACCCCGCGGAGCCCGACCUGGCGGGGUACACGGCACUGCACUAUGCCAGCCGGAACGGGCACCUCGGCGUGUGCCGGCUGCUGCUGGAGCGCGGCGCCCCGUGCGAUGCCCGCACCCCCGGCGGUGCCACCCCGCUGCACCGCGCCUGCUACUGCGGGCACCGCGCCGUCACCGAGCUGCUGCUGGCACACGGAGCCGACCCCGCCGCCACCGACGGCGACGGCAGAACCGGCCUGCACAAGGCCGCCGAGCAGGGGCACCGCGAGCUCUGUGCCCUCCUCCUGCGUCAGCGCCCGGCCCUCGCUGCCCUCCGCGAUGCCAGGGGCCGCAGCCCGCGGGAUGGGGCGCACCCUGCCGUGUGGGACCUGCUGGACACCUGAGGGGACACAGAGGCGACAACCGGCCGCGGGCACUGUAGCGGGCCCGGUGCCCGUCCCGGUACCGCCGGUGCCACUUUCGUGUUCCGCUUACACGCCCCACCCACCGCCCGCCCUCCCAGCCAAUCACCUCCCACCUUUCCCCUGUAACCCGGCCUCCCUUCCCUUGCAGCCAAUCAGCACCCGCGGUGCCUUUAAGGGGCGGGGUUUCGCGGUGUAAACAGCCCACGCGGGUGGGGGGGCAUUUAAAGGCGCCGCGUCCUUUUUAACCGGGACACCCCCCCCGCGCGGCACCGAGCACAUCCUGGUACAGAUAUAGAAUCUUUAUUAACCCAUCUGACAAAAAAAUAACCCAAAAAACCCCCUCCGUGAAAUAAAAAUUCCACGGUCGGGUUCACAACUGGGGCGUGGGGGGAAGGGCAGAACCGGGAGGGGGAGGCCCGGGGCCCCCCCCCCCCCUCCCCCCAUCCCCCCGCGGCCCGAGCUCCCCAAAAAUACAAAUCAAACCUGAACAAUAAAUAGGAAUUCCCCAGGGGGGAGGAAAAGGAGGGGUUUGCAUAGAGGAAGAUUUAAUAAAAAAAGGGUUUUUUUGUU